AUGGCGCGCCUGCAUCGAUUUUACCGAUCUAAACAAGGCAUGCCCCAGAGACAGCUACCCACUUCCGUAUAUCGAUCGACUGGUCGAGUGGACUCUGAAAACGAGCUCCUGACUUUCAUGGACGCCUUCUCAGGAUACAAUCAGAUCUUGAUGCAUUCCGACGACCGAGAAAAAACGGCGUUCAUCACCGAUAGGGGGACCUACUGCUACAAAGUAAUGCCAUUUGGCCUAAAGAACGCCGGCGCGACUUAUCAACGACUCGUCAAUCGAAUGUUCGCCGACAAACUAGGGAACACGAUGGAGGUCUACAUCGAUGACAUCCUGGUUAAGUCGUUCCGCGCAGUCGACCACGUAAGUCAUCUGAAGAAGUGCUACAAAACACUGAACAAGUACGGGAUGAAACUCAACCCGGCAAAAUGCAUAUUCGGCGUUACUUCAGGCGAAUUUUUGGCAUUGUACCGCUUCAUCUCCAGGUCCACAGAUAAAUGUCUCCCCUUUUACGAGCUACUGCGCGGAAACAAGCGUUUCGUCUGGGACGAGAAGUGCGAAGAGGCGUUCGGACAGCUCAAGCAGUAUCUUACGACUCCUCCCGUGUUAUCCAAACCUGAAGCCGGUGAUACACUCUCUCUCUAUAUCGCAGUAUCCUCUACCGCGGUCAGCAGCGUCCUCAUCCGAGAGGAUCGAGGAGAGCAGAAGCCUAUCUUCUACAUGAGCAAGCGGAUGACCGACCCGGAAACUCGAUACCCCACCCUCGAGAAGAUGGCUCUCGCCGUUAUCACGUCAGCAAGGAAGCUGCGUCCUUACUUCCAAUCGCACACGAUCGAAGUACUGACAAAUCAACCGCUCCGCACAGUAAUGCAGAACACCAACCAGUCCAGACGAUUAUCGAAGUGGGCAAUCGAGCUCAGCGAGCAUGACAUUGUGUUCAAAAAUCGAACAGCAGCAAAAUCCCAAGUCCUCGCUGACUUCUUGAUCGAGCUCGCGCCAGAGCUAAAGCAAGACCUAAUCCUUCCAAGUCAAAAUUCGAUACUCCAUGUCGACGGAUCGUCAACAAACAAAGGAUCAGGAGCACGAGUCCAACUGCAGUCACCAACAGCGGAAUACGAUUCGUUGAUCGCCGGACUACGACACUCUAAGGCGGUCAAAGCAAAAUGCCUCAGUGCGUAUUGUGACUUGCAACUCGUUACCAGUCAGUUUAGCGGCGACUACGAUGCUCGCAAUGAACGAAUGGACGCAUACCUUAAUGUCGUUCAAGCACUCGCUAAAGACUUCGAAUUCUUCAAACUCACCAAAGUCCCCAGAGGAGAGAACGUGUGCACCGACGCCCUCGCUGCCUUGGGUAGCAGACUGCGCGAUCAAGUGAAUCGAACCAUUCCUAUCCACAAGAUCGAUAAACCAAGCAUUGAGCUCCCGCCUAACGAAGGGACCAUCAUAGCACCCAUAACCGAAGCUAUCCCCAUGGACGAAGACCCCGCAGUGGAACAAAUUGAAGCUGCCGACUGGAGGACAGAAUUCAUCAACUAUCUGGUCGAUGGAAAGCUACCUCCCGAGAAAUGGAUUGCAAGACGGUUCAAGGCACGGAGUGCCCACUACGUCGUCUUGGAUGGAGAGCUCCAUCGAUGGACCGUAACCAAAGUACUCUUGAAGUGCAUCAACAGCGAAGAAACAGACCUUGUCAUGGCCGAAACGCAUGAAGGCGCUGCAGGAAAUCACUCUGGAGGUCGAGCACUCGCUCUAAAAGUCAAAAGCCUCGGCUUCUACUGGCCAACAGUGAACGCGGAUUGUGAAGCAUACGCUCAACGAUGCGACCAAUGCCAGCGACAGGCCUCGACAAUCCAUUCCCCGAGAGAGCUGCUACGGACGAUGACAGCACCAUACCCUUUUAUGCGAUGGGGAAUGGACAUAAUCGGCCCUAUGUCGAGCUCUCGACAGAAGCGCUUCGUCCUAGUCCUAACUGACUACUUCACAAAGUGGAUCGAGGCGGAAGCUUUCCCUAGCAUAACAGAAAAAGAAGUUCAACGGUUCGUGUGGAAAAACAUCAUCUGUCCCCACGGCCUGCCUUACGAAAUAGUGACUGACAACGGCUCCCAGUUUAUAUCGAACAAGUUUCGAGAGUUCUGCGAAAGAUGGAGAAUCCGACUCAACACAUCGAGUCCGCGGUACCCGCAGAGCAACAGUCAAGCUGAGGCAUCCAACAAGAUCAUAAUCGACGGGUUAAAGAAAUGCCUCGACUUCAAAAAAGGAUGCUGGGCCGAUGAACUCGACGGUGUUCUCUUGUCACAUAGAACAACUCCUCGUGGAGCAACAAAAUCAACUCCUUUCUCAAUGGCACCCGGAGUCGAAGCUAUGGCUCCCGCCGAAGUGAAUGUAACUAGUCUACGAUGGUCAAGAAUGCCGCAGAACAUUGAACUUAACAGCGACAUGCUACUCGACGCUUUGGACGCUAUCGAAGAACGACGCAACCAAGCCUUGAUCCGCAUCCAGAAUUAUUAG